GCUUGAUGUUGCACGAAGCCCAUACAGUAACCCACCGUCAUCAUAGCCUUGAGUUGAUUUCAAGCUUCCUGCCUUUCUCGCUUCGUGUUUUUCCGUGGUCGCCGUGUGAAUCUUCAAGUUUAUCAGGAGGAGAUAGGUCGCCUUCCUUGACCACGGCCAAAAUGGCCGCGAAACCGAUCAAAGAUGUCGUCGCCGUUGGAAAGAAAUACACCCAACAAAGCGUCGGCAUUUGGGAGACCAUCCGCAAACUACUUUCUGUUGACCCUGACCGUAGCAACGGUGUUCCAGUAAAACAUUUCCGCAACCCAACCCCAGGAGGCCUCGAUCCUAAGUCAUACGAUGAAGCCGUCACCACUCCGGCCGCCGACAUCGCAGACAAUCCGUAUUGGAAGAGAGAUGUACGAAGGGCAUAUCCAACCCUGAGCACGGUCACACAAGGUGAUGUGGUGGGGCUGUUAACAGUGGGAAGUGCUGCGAACCCGAGUCCCAAGUUGUUGGCUGGUGAGGAGGGCAGCAAACAACUGGUGGCCGUGAAGCACGAAGGAGAGAAGGGAUUGGCGACAUAUUUCGAUCAUGAAAAGGCCGCGGCAGUGUUGGGAGAGAAUGGCCUACCCCCGAAGCCGGUGGCAUACGGAUACAAGAAAGAAGUCAAAUAUGAGGUCGGACCAACGAGUUAUGGAGAUGCCUAUCCGUGCCGAAGCUUUGUCUAGACUCUAUUGCAGUUGAAAAGGGCAAAUGUAUAUAGUCCUCGCAGCCCUCGAAUGCGCACGAGGAAGAACUCAAGAACUCUUCGUUGAUUCGUCCAUCGCAGCUCGCCUUUCUGCUUCCAAAGCAGCCUGUUUUUGCUCGAGGAUCUCUCGCUGUCGAACAGCUUCUUCUCCGACAGCUUUUUCUCCCUUCCUUCUCUGGCGCUCUUCAAAGGCUUGCCUGCCUUUCAUGAUGCGCCCGACGAUCUCGGCGGCAUUGACGUGCGAGUAAGGAUGAUUUUCGAUCUGACGGAAUAUUCCCAUCUCCUUUGUGUCAACAUAUGGAUCAAACGUCGAAGGCAUGAACGUGGUCGGACCGUGAUAUACCGCAGCAAUCUUUCCCAUAGGUAUCGCUUCCAAGUAUGCCCUUGAAGGGGAGAAUGGAGCUCCAAACACCACUGCGUGGAUGUAGCGGCAUUGCAAAACACAGAGCCCCCGCUCGAAAAUGUUCAUGAUGGGAUAGUUGAG